AUGCCUCUCUCUUCUCUCUCUCUAACGGACACUUUCUCUGAACCAAGCAACGGUUCCUUUUCCAUCCCCUUAGCUGGGACUCCUCCAGCUCUUGCGAAGAGCAAUCUGGUGACCAAAUCUCACUACAAAAAUCUUCCCCACCCACCUACUCUGCACAAAGAUGAUAUUAGUACCAUAAAUCCAGGGGCAGGGAAGAUUCUUAUGCUGAUUGGACUACUCGGAGAAGAACCAAAAGAUGGUUUUAAGAAGAGGGAAGUUUGGAAACCUCCAGAUAGUGGCAAUAAAGGCUCUCCCAGCCAAAGCAGAGGUAGGAGAAGUAAAUGGAAAAGGGGAAAAUCAGUAGCUAAAUCUCUGAUCGGUGAAUAUGCCAUCCACCUCGAGCAAAAUGAAGACAACAUUGAGCCAAGAGCCUCUGUUAUGACAGUGGGAAAACAGGGGAAAGCUCUACCUAAUCCCCUGAUGAAUACAAAAGCGAUUGACAAGAAAGAUAGCUACCUCAUUCAAGAGGGAAGAGAGGUGAACAGGAGGGGAAAAGGCUUUAAAGGGAGGUGGAAGAGGGGAAGAGAAGGAUGUGCUCACAUUUCCAGUACUGCUGCCGAUUCUCCCUGGCUCUUGCUGGUCUCAUUACCCACCUUUAGCAAAGAAAAAAUCCCUCUGUCGCAAACCAAGUUUCAAACCAAGCUGCUGUGCCCAAGAAUGGAGUCCAUCAACAAUGAAGCAAACACCAACCAGGGGAGGGGAAGCCUUGUCCAGUCGUUAACCAGGGGCAGAGGGGGACGCCUUAUCCUGUCCUCAACUGGAGGGAGAGGGAUGUCCAUGCUGUUGGGGAAGAUGCUGACAGAGAGCAAGGUUGCAUUAGCAAAAGCAGCUGGAGCGGCUCGUUACGCGUGGGGCAGCUACGGGGAGGUGAACAUUCAACCAACCGAAACCCCAAACCUGUUCCUGUUCACCUUCAAAAGCAUGGAGAUCAGAGAUAAGAUUUGGGAGGAAAGGCCCAGGAGCUUGUCGAACACUAUGACGGCGAUCGAGAAGUACAAUGGAAGAGGGAAGCCCGAAGAUGUGUCGAUCGAAAAGAUGGCGAUGUGGGUUCAGAUCCAUGGCCUGCACCAAAAUCAAAGGAGUGAGGAGAAUAUGGUGGCAAUUGGAUCAAGCUACUUAUUGGAGCUGUUGGAUAUUGACAGAGCAAGCCUGGAAUGUACCGGAUACAGGAGGUUCCUUCGCAUUCUAGUGGAGGUAGAUAUCAGGAAACCUGUCCCAGUUGGUUUCAAUUUCCCCUUUCUUGAUGAAUUCACAGGAGUUGAGCACUGCGAUGCGAUUGAAUUCAAAUAUGAGAGAUUGGUGGAGUUGUGCUAUUUCUGUGGCAGAAUUGUCCAUAACUGGCCAACAUGUAGAAGAAUGAAUGAGGAAAGGAAGAAGAAUGGAGUGGCUUACCUGUCGGAUGUCUACACCGCAUCUCUGAAGGCGGGGAUCGACUCGCCACAUAGAAGCUCUGCGGCUCAAGCUAGGAACAGGGGAGAAGGAAGAGGGAGUUAUCGAAGGAACGAGGCGGUUGAAAGCGACUCGGCGGCGGAGAUGGGUGGUUCAUCGGGGGGAUGCCGAAAAUCCCUCCAGGUUUCACGAUCCAAAGAGAGGAAGAAGGGCAAAUAG